AAAAUACACAAACACUUCUUCCUUCGAUCUUUUUUUAUUAUUUUUUUCCAGAAAUUUUGUAAAGAUGUAAAAAUAAUUAUUAAUUUUGAGUAACACAUAUACUUAAUUUGCAUAAUUUUUAUCGUCCAUUGUUCUUCAUUGUCUUCAUCAUUCUGACUGGAGCGGAUUCGCACAACAAUUGAUUCUCAGAUGAAGGAAGUAAACAAAUAAUAAAAUGAAGAAACACGUGCAAUUAAAUUUUGAAGUGUACUAAAAAGUAAUGGUUUAAUUAAACCAUUAAUUUGAGGAGGAGGAGGCCGACAAAAUAUAUUUAUUUUUCCGGUCUUGAGUUCCAACUUUCCAAUUUGGGGUGGUUAGUCGCUUAUCGGUUUACCAAGAGAGUCGAACGCUGGGAUAGGAAUGAGAAAAUCGCAUUAAGGUGGUGCGGAAUAAGAGGAGGAAUGUCAAAGCUGUCAUUUUGGAUCAUUUCUUUAACAGAUGCAAAACUUGAAUUUAUUUCGGAAUGAGACAAGUUCUGCAUUUUUACAUGUACAGUGUCUCCGUCGGUGAAGGUAUUUUUCGCCAAAGUGGUUCAGCCGUUGCACAUCCCUUAACGUGCAACUGCACCAUCCUCACUUCAUCUUCGCCACCGCAAUGAAAAGAAAGUCUUCAAAACCUGCUAAUUACGACAUCACAGCAAUGUCCGGAGGGACGGCGUCACGAAUGAGUUUGGAGCGUCACCGUCCCGGCCCUGCAAUUUGCCGAUUUUUUAUCAAGUAUCGAUGCUUCGUUGUCCCAAUUGGUCUGUUCAUGUUGGUGCAUUUGAUUCUGGCCGUCUGUCUAACAUAUCUUCAUUGUGCGGAAGACAUUAUUGAUGACCAUCAUGGGUUAAGGAGUACAAAGUCAAAUGCGACAUCACAUAGUUCGGCAACUUUAGAUUUAGAAAGUUUAGCUUUCAUACCUGAAUGCAACAUUACAUCACGGGAAGCAGUAUCAGCAAUCCAACGGGCGAAAACCCAACAAUGCAAAGAGCAACUGGCUACUACGGCGUGCAAAAUUGCAACGAAUACCUUGUAUCCGACGAGGUUAAGUCGGCAAUGUGCGAACAAUGAAACUGUUUUUGGAAAACGUGUUGGGUGCUUCCGAGAUAAUAAGAAACACAGAAUCCUUCCAGAUUCCUUCCUUAUCAUGAAGGAGAGAAAUUCUCCAUUAAAUUGUAUCGAAAUGUGCCUUCAAUCCGGUUUCCAAUAUGCCGGAGUACAAUACGGAGUUGAAUGUUUUUGUGGCAACUCUGAGCCGUCCUCCAAGGAAAUUCCUGUUACCGAAUGCAAUAUGAAAUGUCCAGAUUCAUCUCUUUCAAACUAUGAAUAUUGUGGGGGUUACUUUGCCAUUGAUAUUUUUGAAACUGGUAUUUCUCAAAGUCAAGACGGAAAAUCAAAUGUUAUUGGAUUGGAAGAUUACGAUCCAGAUUUGACAAUGGUUUCAAAACCUGCAAGGAUUGUUUUUUUCUUGACAUUAAAUGGUAGAUCGAUCAGACAAGUCUUUCGACUAAUUAAAGCGCUAUUUCAUGAAAAGCAUUACUUUUACAUCCACGUCGAUUCGAGGCAAGAUUACUUGUACCGAGAGCUCUUGUCUUUAUCGCACAAACUACCCAAUAAUUUCAAAUUCAUGACCAAACGCCGUGGCACAAUUUGGGGCGGUGCAAGUUUGCUGACUAUUCUUUUGGAAGGGAUGAGAGACCUCGUAGUGAACCACAAAGACUGGGAGUGGGACUAUGUCAUUAAUUUAAGUGAAUCGGAUUUCCCGUUAAAGACGACAAGCAAGCUGGAGUACUUUUUAAGCAUAAAUAAUGGAAAGAAUUUUUUGAAAAGUCAUGGCAGAGAUGUUCAAAAAUUUAUUCAGAAGCAAGGGCUGGAUAAAACAUUUGACGAGUGUGAGUACCGCAUGUGGAGAGUCGGGGAUAGAAAAUUGCCCACUGGAAUCCUGAUGGACGGAGGUAGUGACUGGAUUGCCCUCCAUCGAGAUUUUGUGAAAUACACGGUUGAAUCGGAAGAUGAAUUGGUAGCCGGACUGAAAAUUGUUUUCAAACACACUCUUCUACCUGCUGAAAGUUUCUUCCACAUUUUGCUAAGAAAUUCUGAAAUGUGCGACACUUUUGUUGAUAAUAAUUUGCAUGUGACAAACUGGAGACGAAAACUUGGGUGUAAAUGUCAAUAUCGGAAUAUAGUUGACUGGUGUGGAUGUUCACCGAACGAUUUUCGACUCGCAGAUUGGAGUAGACUUCAGCUUACAGACGCUCGGCUCUUAUUUUUUGGGAGAAAGUUUGAACCCAUCGUAAACCAAGGGAUAAUUAAUCAACUCGAAGGCUGGUUGUAUCCAGAACGAUUUGAGAAGAAUUAUCCAACCAUGGACCGAUUUUGGCUCAGUUUGUACCAUCAUCAUGACCUAUCACCGAAACCUGAUGAUGCUACAGUCACUUUGGGACAAUCUUUGAGUAGAAUUUCUGCCAAGCGUUUUCUGCUCCGAUGUUUUCCGUCAUUGUCAUCAGAAGAUCCCAGUUUGGAUAGGAAUAUCUUUUCCACGUUCGGAAUUGACCUGAUUGAAAUAACGGCAUAUAACCAUGAAGAUCAACUGGAAGGAAUUUUAGCAAAGUUUCAUGCAACAACUGUGGAUGAGCAUGGAGAAGAGUUGGCAUUUGGUUUGGAGGCUUGGUUCAGGCAGGAAACGAAUGUUGAGGCUGGUGCAGUAAAUCGUAGAACGUUGGAAUUUCAAAAUAAAUUACAGGGUUUGAAAGUUGGGAGCGAUUACGAGCAGAAGGAACAGAUUUUUCGAAAUUUUGCUGGAGCCCUGGGACCUUUUAGCGAGCCUACUUUAACGUACAGUGUCAACACUGAUGAAACUUUUAACAUUUCUGUUGCUUGGAUUGAUCCUCACAACGUAGUUCGCUCUGUUACCAAUGUUUCUGCGUCUGAUGGAUCAACGGCAAAUUUCAUAAAACCGACACUGAAGCAUCCGUUAGUCCCCGGAACUUGGACGGUAAAAAUAUUUACUGUGGACCGAGACUUACUCUAUAGGGUGAAGUUUUUGGUUUUGCCGUUAGAAAUUUAUCAGGGAGACAUAAUAUCACUUUCAGAUAGGAGAUUUGUAAAUUCAGAAGAGUUCGAUGAAUCUGAUAUGCGCGGAACUCUUACUUCUUCUAGUCAUGAUUUGCAAUUAAAAAUUGAUGAUCUUACUUCGAGGAAAUAUACACUUCAAGAUUUUUGUUUGGAGAAACGCGUCGAUUAUAAAACUCUGUCAAGCUGGAAGUUAAAAAUUAGUGACUCUACUGGAGAUUUUAAGAAUCAGUACGAAUCCCACGAAAAAGAAAUGCAGGAUUCUUUUGAAAAUCUGGAAACGUCACUCUGCUCCCAUACGCAGUGGAGCUCUUUUUAUCCCGACCCCAAAUCCACCAUUACUGGAAUUGACCCACACACUGGACUUUUGAUGCCAUAGAAUGAUGAGAGAUUGCAACGCAAUAAUUGAUGCAAUAUUAUGCAAAACUGACUUAGACUUUAUUAUUCUUACUCCAAUUUAAUUCCUCGAGCUUCUGUGUUUUAAACUUGACGACUCCGAGUGCUUCCGUUUUUAGUUUAUUCCUUGCAUUGAUAUUAUUAUAAGCUGUUUAUGCAUUGAUAUUAUUAUAAGCUGUUUAUGCAUUGAUAUUGAAGUGUCAUAAUAAUUUAUAGAAUAACAUAAUAACCUAAAACUUAACCAUCUUGUUCAUUGAACGGUUCAGUACAAACUGAAAACCAUAAUUUUGUGAUGCAAUAUGAUCUGAUCCAGCCCAACCAAAGUAUGUAAAAGGAUUGAGACAGUUUUUUUGAUUCGUGCCAAGUAAAAUUUGUUAUGUGAUUUUCUGCAGUUUGUUUGAGGUAUGAGUUUUAUAACCGCAAGUUAAGUUUCCAUUUUACAACAAGGACGCAUAAUAAUUUACAACAAUUAUCGAGAAUUUUCUUUGUUACCCAAUGUUAUUUAUGACUUACAGACUCAUUUGUACUUACCUACCAAGAAAUUGGUAUACAUCUAAUUGAAAGGAGAAGUAUAGGUAUGAAGGAGUUUUAGUAUGAAUAAUACAAUUUAGUGAUAUUACAUAGAAUAAUAGAAUCGCGAUAUAAUCGAAGCGAAUCCUGCCUAACCAACUGGAACUAACUACCUAACUACCUACCCCUCGACCUAAAGCAAUAGGUAAAGUUGAUGACGACGACGACUUUGUAGAUAUAGAAGUCUUAUCAUCAUAGUACCUUUAAAAUUGUCUUUCCUUUAUUGUUAACCAUACAUAUUUACUUGUAGAGCUUUGUAGAUCCAGUGAGCUAAAAAUGCUGAAAAUAAAUAAAAGAUUAAAAACA